CAGCCCUGGUGUGUUUACAAAAUAUAAAACUGAAAUCGGUCCUAGAUUACAAUGAUAUAGUGAAGAUUUUUUUGAAUUUAAAAAGUAUAAAUAUACAAAAUGUCCUUAGCCUGUGAGCUUGGUGGCGGCACCUAUCCAAGGAGAUACAAAUUGACGAUUCUGGUUCUUGUCCUACUUGUUUUGCUGUCGCUAGUGGCCCACCGCAGAUUACUUAAUGAUGAGAACGAUUCCCCGCCCAUGGAUGUACAUAGGAGUCGUCCAUUGCUAGAUGCCUAUGAAGAUUUUAGUGCCAUGAGAGCCAGCGAUUUGAAAAUGCGGAUAGAAGAGAUGCUGAGGAUCAAAAGCACCGUAUCUGUGGAGCUACGCGAACUAGAGUCACGCCGACAGAAACUGCAAUCAGAUAUAAGCCAGUAUAAUCAAAAGAUUGAGGAGCUGAAGCAAGAGCUACUCCGUGAGCAAACCGAAUUGGAGCGACUGAAAAUAUCGGUGGAACAGGCACAAGUGGCCCAGCGGGAGGCAGUGCAGCGUAACACCCCCGAUCUGGCUCUGCCGCGUACUCUAAUGCCCAGUGCUUUACCGCGAAAAAUGAAUGCAGUUUCAGUGGGAGUGACCGCCUCCUGUGAGAUGCACAAUUGCUUUGAUCACUCCCGUUGCAGUUUGACCUCUGGUUUCCCGGUCUAUCUCUACGACCCGGAUGAAUAUGGUGUCCAAAGAAAAGGAUAUGAUAUAGAUGGCUUCCUAAAGACCACACUGAAACAGACUUUGGGCUACAAUGUGCAUAUUGUAAAGGAACCAAAGCAGGCUUGCAUAUAUUUGGUGCUGGUGGGUGAGGCAUUGCUGGAACAGGAUCUACUACGUAACAAUCGCUAUGCCGCUCAAGAGGCGGAGCAGCAACAAAGAGUCACAUUGGCCAGUCAAGUGGCAGAUGGAGAUUCCUCACCCAUUGACAUGAGCAAGUUAUAUAAGCUACCCUACUGGGGUGGCGAUGGACGCAAUCAUGUCCUCUUAAAUCUCGCACGCCGAGAUCUCUCCUCCCGUCGUACGAAUUCGUUGUUGCGUCAAAAUACAAUGCGAGCCAUUGUGGUGCAGAGUUCUUUUGAGCGGGAUCAAUUCAGACCCAAUUAUGAUAUAAUUGUUCCCCCAAUUUUGGGUCCACCCGGUGGAGAUGUGUGGCAGGAAUGUGCCAGUAUGGUACCAGCUCGUCGCAAGUAUUUGCUGAGUUUCCAAGGAGAACUAAGGCCAUCACCUGACACAUCUAAUCCCCUCGAUGACUUUAUACUCGAACAUCUUGCAGACAUGGCCAAGGGUUCAACGCAAGAUCAAUUCAGGUUGCAGUUUCAAUGUGUUCCGGCAACAGAGCAGCAAGAAACGGACUCUCAGGCCGACUGGACAUUGUGUGGCACAGAUUCAUCACGAAAACUAUUGCUUAAGGAUUCAACUUAUGCUCUAAUUUUGCCGCCACUCAAUCAGCGAGUAAGUUCCACCCUAAUGUUGGCCAGGAUCUAUGAAGCUUUGCGGUCGGGAGCUGUUCCCGUUAUUCUGGGAGCUGAUGAACUUCGUCUGCCCUAUGCCGAGACUCUGGAUUGGCGUCGUGCUGCCCUCUUGCUGCCAAAGGCUAGGAUAACUGAACUGCAUUUCCUCCUACGUGCCGUUCAGGAUGCGGAUCUCUUGCUGCUACGUCGUCAGGGUAGACUUAUUUGGGAGAAGUAUCUGAGUUCUGUUCAAGCUACCGUCGACACGGUGAUAGCCAGCUUAAGGGAUCGUCUGGGCAUUCCACCACGUCCUGUGCCUCCGGUGAUAGCUCAAAGUGUAUUCAAUAGCAGCUUUAUACCUCUGAAAUCGGAUCCUCCUGUGGGAAUGGACACCGAACCGGAAGAAUCACUUGGCCCAAUUGAGCCGCCGUAUGCUAGUCCUGCUUUCCGUCGGAACUACACCAUAUUGCGAAUGCAAUCAAAAGAGGCCUGGAACGAUUGGCUAGAUCCCUUCUACAUGUAUCCCCAAUUGCCCUUUGAUCCGGCUUUGCCAUCGGAGGCCAAAUUCAUGGGUUCCCAUACAGGAUUUCGUCCCAUUGGCAAAGGUAUCGGUGGUGCUGGCAAGGAAUUUAGCGAAGCUCUGGGUGGUAACUAUCCCCGGGAGCAAUUCACCAUUGUAAUGUUGACCUACGAACGGGAGCAGGUUCUCAUGGACUCUCUGGGACGUCUCUACGGUCUGCCCUAUCUGCAUAAAGUGGUUGUAGUUUGGAAUUCCCCCAAACCACCACUGGACGACUUGCGUUGGCCCGAUAUCGGUGUGCCCGUGGCCGUAGUCCGUGCCCCACGCAAUUCACUUAACAAUCGCUUCUUACCCUUCGAUGUGAUUGAAACGGAAGCGGUUCUCUCGGUUGAUGAUGAUGCUCAUCUUCGGCACGAUGAGAUUCUCUUUGGUUUUCGCGUCUGGCGUGAACAUCGUGAUCGUGUUGUUGGUUUUCCCGGCCGCUAUCAUGCCUGGGAUUUGAGUUCGAACAAUAUGUGGCACUACAAUUCCAAUUAUAGUUGUGAAUUGAGCAUGGUCCUAACAGGAGCUGCCUUUUUCCACAAAUAUUAUAUGUAUUUGUAUAGCUAUCAUUUGCCUCAGGCUAUACGGGACAAAGUGGAUGAGUAUAUGAAUUGUGAGGAUAUUGCCAUGAAUUUCCUUGUAUCCCAUGUUACACGAAAACCGCCCGUUAAGGUCACUUCACGUUGGACUUUCCGUUGUCCGGGUUGCCCGGUAUCAUUAAGCGAGGAUGAUACACACUUUCAGGAGCGACACAAAUGCAUCAAUUUCUUUAGUCAGGUCUUUGGCUAUACGCCUUUACUUAAUACACAAUAUAGAGCUGAUUCUAUACUCUUCAAGACUCGAAUACCGCACGAAAAACAAAAGUGUUUCAAAUACAUUUAGUAUCCAACAACAACCAAAGGGCCGCUACACUUACAAUGCUGACUUUUAGUUAUAGUUUAAUAUAUAUGUAUAUGUGUAUGUGUGUAUAUAGAUGUAUAGUCCAUCAGGUUACUAACCAUGACACGGAGCUUUGAAUUCUGUUAAAUCAGAUCAUUCAGUUCCAAGAGGACUCCGUCUCGCUCCUGAUAUGUCCAAUGAGAUUAAUAAAACUGAGCAAAUAAUUUAAUCACUGAUUAGCAAUAACUUAUCUAACAAUCAGUAAUUAGUUAAUAAUAAAUCUAUGCUCAAAUUAAAUGUGCAAUAAAUUAAUACACAAAAAAGCUAUAUCAAAUAGUUUUUUGAUAUUCAAAAUUAACUUGAAAAUAUUUGAUCUAAAGAACUGAGAACUGCUAAUCCAAGUUAUUUGCUUAGUCCAAUUGCCAUAUGAAACGAUAUAUACGUAUAAGUCAUGACUUGAUAUUUUUUUUAACUCCCUCAAUAUGCUUAAUAGUUUUUUAAGUUAAUGUAAAUGUCUUUUUGUAUAUAAUAAUAUUUCCAAUAAAUUGUCGUUUCUUAAAAAGA